AUGCAUGACACGGAAAGGAAUCAGAAAUACGAACAUGGCUUGAAAUCCGUCAUCAGUGAGGUUCCUGAUGCCCCGAAUUACUUUUUAGCGUUUAAAGUUGAGUUGAAAGCGAAAGGCGAAGAAGUUCAUGUGAUUGAUAUUGGCACCGGCACUGGCCUACUUUCGAUGAUGGCCGCUCGAGCAGGUGCCGAACGUGUUACGGCACUGGAGAUGUUCAAACCAAUGAGUGUUUGCGCGGAAAAAGUUUUUCAUCAGAAUGGUUACGAAGAUUGCAUACGUCUGAUUGCAUCACGUUCCACAGAUGUUAUCGAUGAAGUAUCUGAUGAAGAUAAAGGAAAUGUAAUUGUGGCUGAAGUUUUUGAUACCGAAUUGAUUGGUGAGGGAGCCCUGCGUACAUUCAAGGAAGCACAUCAAACAUUGGCAAAGGAUGGUCCAUCAAUCACUUAUUAUGAAACAGCAUUCAAAACAUUCGAAGCGCAAUCGUCCGGUACAUUUGAGGCGCUGAUAAUGUGGUGGGAUCUUGAUAUGGAUGGCACUGGUCGCUGUAUGCUAACUACAGCACCAAAAUGGUUGGAAGAGGAAGCGCAUUGGCGAGAUCAUUGGAUGCAAGCUGUUUACUAUCUUCCUGAGAGCGUUCCAGUUCACCAGGGACAACAAAUCAUCCUGCAAUGCUCGCAUGAUGAAUUUUCAUUUUGGUUUGCUGCACAGCAAAGCGCGGAGUAA